AUGACUUGCAAUUUUAUAUAUGAUGAAUCAAUUAAAAAAGAAUUAAUUUUUCAAUUAGUAAAACAAAAUAAUGAAGAAAUAUAUCAUUUAUUAGAAGAAGAUAAAAAUUUGAUUAAUUGUCAAGAUGAAAAUGGCAAUAGCUUACUACAUUGGGCAGUUUUUUUAAAUAAUAUAUAUCUAGUAUGCUAUCUAUUAGAAAACAACGCUGAUGUAAACAUAAAGUCUAAAACUAAACAGACCCCACUAUUAUGGGCAGUUUGCUCAAAUAAUAUUUUUAUGAUUUAUUUAUUAAAAAAAUAUGGAUGUAAUUUAUAUGAAGUUGAUAACAAAGGAUAUAACUGCUUAAUAAUAAGUAUUCAAUAUAAUAGUAUUUUAUGUUUUUUUUAUUUACUGCACUUGAACUUUUCAAUAACUGAAAAAGAUUUUAACGACUGUUCUGUUCUUGAUUGGUCUGCUUAUAAUAAUAAUAUGUUUUUUCUUCGACUUUUUUCAAUUUUUCUAAAUAAUCUCUAUUCAAUAAAUUUAACUAAACCAUCGUCUAUUUUACAUAAAGCCAUUAUUGGGAAUGCAUACGAAGCAGUUGAUUAUUUAAUUUUGAAUAACUAUCAAAAUAUUUAUGAUAUAGCAACUGAUGAUAAUAAAACAAUCGUCGAGUUUAUUGAAGAAAAUAAAAACAAUGUAGAUUCAAAAAUAUAUCAAUUUCUGAUGUGCAAAAAAACACAACAAAUAUGUAAAAAAAAAAGGAUAGCAUAUAGCCUAUAUGAAUCUAAUGGAAAGAUAGGACAUUAUAUGAUUAAAAAAAAGAAAAAUAUAUCUCUUUUGUUUAAUAUUUACUCUAAAUAUAGAGAAAAUAAGACUCUUUUAAUUUAUCCAUUCCUCCUUGUUUUAACCUAUUUAUAUUUGAAUUUAGUUUAUUUUUUUUAUUUUAGAGUAGAAUUAGGUCAUAAAAAAAUAUUUUUAGAUAUAUUUCAUCCUUUUUUAUUUAUUAUAUAUUAUUUUGUUGUUUCAAGUGAUCCUGGAUAUUUAGAAAAUUCAAAGGAGCUAUAUAAAAGUACAAAAGUAGAGACAGAAGAAAAAGCAGAAGAUAAUGAUAAUGUCAAUGAUGAAAAUGAAAAAGAAAUAAGUGAAAACAAUAAUAUAUCAAAACAAAAUUUCAUUUUUGAAUAUAUUAUUAAAAAUAUUAAUAUGGAAAUAAAGAAUUAUGAAAAAAAAAAUAAACUACUUGAAUUUUCAGAAAAAAUUAAGAAUAAAAACAUAUUUGAAUUAAAAGAAAAGCUGGACUUAACAUGGGAUGUUAAACCAUUUGAAAUAUCAUCAUUUGAUAUUAACAUGCUAUGCCCGACUUGCUUUUUAUUUAAGCGUUUAAGAACUAAACAUUGCCGUUUCUGCGAUAAAUGUGUAGAAAUAUAUGAUCAUCAUUGUGUAUUCACUUUAAAUUGUAUGGCUAUUAAUAACGCAAGAAUAUUCCUUAUGUGGAUAUUAUCUAACAUUUUAUUUUCAUUUUACAUUUUAUAUUUAUAUAUUUGGUUAGCUUUUAAAUUAUCGUCAAUUUAUUAUAAUCUCUCCUUUUAUAUUAUUCUUACUGUUGUUAUAUUAUCUAUAAUAUUAAUAUAUUUUAUGGGUAGUGUUUUUUUAAGAUCAUUUUUUAAUAUACUAGAGAACAUAACAUCAAAUGAGAAAUUUAAAAUGUAUUCUUCUAAAACAUUUUUUUCGUAUGAAUUAAAAAUAGAUGAAAAUAAUCAGCCUUUUAUUGUUAGAAAAUUUCAAAAUCCAUUUGAUCAGGGAAAAAUUUUUAAUUUCUUACACUUUUUAACAAAAUCAAAAGAAAGUUUGCUGAAAAAAAAAGACAAUUUUAUUGAAAUAGACAAAAAUAUUAAAAGCGAAGUAGUUCAUAACUUUGUUCAAAAUUUAAAUAAAAAACUCACAGAGUAUUAUGGCAAAAAGUAG